AUGGAGUCCUCAGAAGGCCCCCAAGAUGUUGUGCAUCCCGAAGUUCGGGCACACAUCAACAGUCUGGUGUCGGCCCUCGGUGGUUCCAGUACCGAAGAUGACGGCCGAUACGUCAUGGGAGAUUCCGCACUGGAGGUUCUCCGCGAUAUCAAGAAAUGGAUACGCUUUUACGACGAGAAAACGAACCGAAUGGACGUCGCACGAUGCUUGGCCGAAGCAAAUCUAAUCCAAGGCGACUUGUUGCACAUUCUAGCCUCCUGGCCCGAGGCUGCGACCGAGAACAAAUUCAAGGCGAGAGCAGCACUCGCAUGCUACGAGCUCAUGGUCCCGCUGACAUGGCCGCUGGAGCGUAACCUAGAAGAGAUGACAGUAAAUCACCAUCGGCAUCUGCCUGUGCUGCAACUCGCCCAGGUCGGCUACAAGCGCGCAAUUAUCAACUUCGAUGCUGCGCAAAUACUACACUCCGCAGUCCGUGUGGCUCUGCCUUCGAUGGCUUUGCCCAAAAAUGAUCGAACGGCAAGGGACGAGGGCAUCAUCAAGCUGGUUCUCUUGUUUCUGCGCAACAUCGCCAUGAUUACACCUCCGCCUGGCGUCAAAUACGAAGGAGAUGAGUCCCAAAUCUCUCGCUCAGCAUUGAUCGAUGCCUUCUCGUACCAGGAUAUCCUGAUGGUGAUCUUGACGCUUGCCUCAAACAUGGGCGAGGAUUUCAACCAUGAGGGCGUCGUCCUUAUGGAAAUCAUCUUUCAUCUAGUCAAGCGAGUCGACAUCAACAAGCUGUUCAUGGAUGACAAACAACUGAGUAAGGCCAAGGCGAAUGAGUUGACCUCACUAAUGAAUAAGGAGGCAGCCAUGCACCGACCGCACAACCGAAAAGCUCCCACUAGGCACAACCGGUGGGGCACCAUGAUCUGGGUCCAACGGGACGAUGGCAAAAUGUCGACAGUCACCGGCCAAGAUGCUCUUUUGGAUGCUGCUACCAGAGAGGAGAAAAUGGACAACAGCAAGACGUUCAGGCCACCGAGGAGACCAAGGAAGGAGGAAAUGGAGCCAAAAGACCUUGGCCCACCAGUAUCCCUAAACCCAAGGGCACGAGAUCAGUUGCGAAGUUUUGUCGAGGAGUUCCUGGAUUCUGGUUUCAACCCCCUGUUCUUGAAUGUGCGGAAAAAGUUGGACGACCACAAGGAAUACGUGCUCGAAUAUCACUACAGGCAGUUCUUCUAUCUUACAUCCUGGUUUCUCGAGGCCGAGCGAGUACGGCAAAAGGCCAAGAAGGGCAAAAAGCCGAGUCAGACAAGUCAAGAGGAUGUUGGAAGUUUCAAUCUGGUCGCUACCGUCUUGAAUCAGGAGAUGUUCAUCACAUUGAAUCGAGGCCUGCAGGAAUCGCUCGACAACAAAAACUGGCCAGAACUCACUGCAGCGAUGCGGUGCUUCACGCAGAUCCUUUUGACCGUGCAGGACAUGUCAGAGACUGGCAAUGAGGCAGACGAAGAAAUCGCCGAGAACAUAUUGAGCCGCAUCUUCUACGAGGAGGAAACCCAUGAACGAGUGGCAACCGUGGUGAGAAACUUCAAGGACCAAGGAUUUGAAUAUCUCGACGCUUGUACCGAACUUGCACACACGUAUCUACGAAUACUAGAAACAUAUUCUAAACAGAACGUAGAUAUGCAAGUGCGGUCUCGGAAGCGAGUCAGGAGUAAGAAGAAGGCGGUCAAGGUUGUAGGGGUUGACAAUGACGAGGACAACCCCGUCGAGGAAGAUGACGACUCUGAAAAUGACCAAGAAAAUGCAGAAAAGACCGCGAAGGAACGGAAAUUCAACUUCAACAAAUGGGCAGACAAGUUCAUCCCCCAGCCGGUAGUCGACACCUUCGUGAAAUUCACCAAAUACUACCAGGACCUCAACGAUGCGCAAUUGAAGCGCGCCCACCGCUAUUUUUAUCGAAUAGCAUUUAAACAAGAUUGGGCUGUGAUGUUGUACAGACUCGACAUUAUCCAGCUAUUCUACAGCAUGAUCAAAGGCUCAGAACCCUUGGAUAGAAGUUGUCGCAAUUACAAGGAGUGGGAAGAGCUUGUGAAGCAGAUUCUCAAGAAAUGCUUACGCAAGAUUGAUGAGCGACCUGCAUUGAUCAUCGAAAUGCUUUUCUCAAAGACAAACGCCACGGCGCAUUAUCUGCAAUUUGGAUACGAGAAGCAGACCAUUUCGACCUCGACGCCUAGAGCCGCUGCAGAAUUGGAAUUCCGCCACGAAGUCGAGCAUGAUCGACAAGUAGCAAUUGCUGUUGGUGCGUUGAUAGACAAGGACUUGACUCAUCACAUCAAAUGGGUGAGAGGUCAGCUCAGCGCCGCAGAGAACGAGCGAAGAGCGUGGGAAGCAGCUGAGAAGGCAUUGCCAACUGUUGAAGCAAACGGAAAUGAGGAGGCAGAACAACCAGCAGUGUCCCGCAAAGAACCUGAUCCCAUCUCUAUUCGCCCGGAUGACGAUGCUCGCCGGACAGCUAUUUUCAAGAACGGUCAUCUUCGUCUCUUGAUGAAACUAGUCGGGUUUGAGCGCCUCGCGCCUAGCUUGGAUGAGACACCAGAAUCAGCCUGGGUUAUUCCUUCCCCUCUUACGGCAGAUCAGCUCAAGGAGUCCUUGGACCUGAUCAGCAGAGCUGAGUUCGACCCGCCCACUUUUGAAGAUGGCAAGCUUGCCGAGGAUCAACUUCGCAGAAAGACAGCGCCACGAGCGCCACGAAAGAAGGCUGUUUUCGACGACGAUGACGAUGGCGUCGACGAUGAUGAAAACAUGCCAUUCCCAGCAAACAUUACAACUAUCCGUAAAGCGGAUCACAGUGAUGCGGACAAGCCAAAGAAGAUGCGCCGUCGUAGUCGUCCUGGCAAAGAACUUACAGAAGAGGAAAAAUCAGAGAAAGCCCGUAAGCGUCGUGAGAAGGAGAAGGAGAAAGCACAGCGCUACAAGUCUGAUAUUUAUGUCCGCGCCAGCGAUGAUGAAACUGACGAGGAACGCGACCGUGAGUUCUUCGCCAAGGAAGCUCUCCUUCGCGAAAAGCAAAAGAAAGCUACAAAAGGUGCUACUAUAACGGUUUUACCUCCUAGUCCGAAAUUGCCCGCCGGGAAACGCAAGGCGGCUGCGUUGCUGGAAAGUGAUGAUGACGAUGAUGACGAUGACGAUAGUGGCGACGACGAAGAUCUCGGUCCCAGGCGGAAAGGAGAGGAAAGAAAUAGUGAUGACGAUCCAGUUUUAACACAGGAGUCCGCAUCUACCAGAAACAAGGAUGUGACGAUAGUUGACGAUGAUGAGGGGGAUAGUGACAAUACCGAUGACACGCCCCUGUCGUCGAGCCCACGUGCCGGCUCAGCACCUGCUGGGAAGGCGAAGAGGAGGAGACUGUCCAAGGAACCUUCCCCGAUUCGGAGUGAGAAAGCAGCGAACGAAGUCGAUGAAGAUAUGGCAGGUGCGGAUGACGAGGAGAUUCCGAUGCCAAAACCAGCUCGCAGAAGGCCAAGAGCAAAAGCCGGGUUCAUCAUUGAUAGCAGUGAUGAGGAGUAA